CAAAUUAUUCCUAAUCAGAAAUAACUUAAAUUAUUAUUUAAAUGCUUUAAGAGGAGAAGCAGAAAAAAACUUAAAAAUCGAGAGAUAAAUAAAAGAAGCUUUUGAUCAAGAAGAUUAUGAUUUGGGCAAGAUAAGGAUUUAAUGUAAGAAAUUUGGGAUUUCAUCCAUUUCUUUUAUGCUCGUCAAUCAAACCAGGAUCUGAAAAACGCUAUAAAACUUUAUAAAGUUAUCCUAAUGCUGAAUUAUGGAGAUGUCUGAGUAAGAUGAGUUAGAAAGAUUAUAUUAAAGAAAUUCAAUAAGAAAUUUGUGCAAAAUUAUAAAGGGCUGAUAAUUUUGAUUCUUCAUUAAUAAAAGAAUUUUAGAUUAGAGUUCUGAAUAACUUUGAUUUUGCAUUCUUGUAUAAAGAAUCUGAACAAAAAUUAAUUGAAUCAGAUGAAAAAUAAUAGGAACAUCAUGUUUAAAAUUUAAAUUCUUUGGAGCCAUAACAAAAAGAAGAAAGUGAAUCAAAGUCUCUAGCAAAAUAAAUUGAAUUAUGUAAUUCAUAACAAGGUUCUGUUGCAACAUUUGAAACUAGUCAUUACCAUAAACUUUGUUAAUUUCUAGAAAAAAUCAAAAAUAUAAUAGAUUAAUCUUCUUAAGAAUUACGUCAAUUUUAUAAUGGUUUAGAAAUAUUUCUAGAAUCAUAAUAAUUAAUUGACCAAAAAAAAAUAAUGAAAGCAAAUGACUUUCACGAUUUUUAAUUUGAAGAAUAAAAAAUUUAAGAAAAUUAAUUAAUUUAAUAAUAAUAAUACUAAUAAUAAUAAUAAUAAUAAUAAUAAUAAUAAUAAUAAUAAUAAUAAUAAUAAUAAUAAUAAUAAUAAUAAUAAUAAUAAUAAUAAUAAUAAUAAUAAUAAUAAUAAUAAUAAUAAUAAUAAUAAUAAUAAUAAUAAUAAUAAUAAUAAUAAUAAUAAUAAUAAUAAUAAUAAUAAUAAUAAUAAUAAUAAUAAUAAUAAUAAUAAUAAUAAUAAUAAUAAUAAUAAUAAUAAUAAUAAUAAUAAUAAUAAUAAUAAUAAUAAUAAUAAUAAUAAUAAUAAUAAUAAUAAUAAUAAUAAUAAUAAUAAUAAUAAUAAUAAUAAUAAUAAUAAUAAUAAUAAUAAUAAUAAUAAUAAUAAUAAUAAUAAUAAUAAUAAUAAUAAUAAUAAUAAUAAUAAUAAUAAUAAUAAUAAUAAUAAUAAUAAUAAUAAUAAUAAUAAUAAUAAUAAUAAUAAUAAUAAUAAUAAUAAUAAUAAUAAUAAUAAUAAUAAUAAUAAUAAUAAUAAUAAUAAUAAUAAUAAUAAUAAUAAUAAUAAUAAUAAUAAUAAUAAUAAUAAUAAUAAUAAUAAUAAUAAUAAUAAUAAUAAUAAUAAUAAUACUAAUAAUAAUUAACUAAGGAAUAUUUGUAAUAGAUUUAAGAUAAUUAAUAAAAUAAAUAGCAGUAAUAAUAAUAGUAAUAAUAAUAAAAGUAGCAGAUUAUGCCAGAAUUUAAAUCUUUAGAAUAAUUAAUAAAUGAAAUAAAGCUAAAUUCAUUAAAAUAAUAACCUGGACUAGCUCUUUUUCUACCUAAUUAUAAUAAAAUGGAAUCAUAAGAAGCAGAAAGAGUUCGGGAAAUUGAAUUAAGCUUUUUUAAAGAGUUAUAUUACCUCAAAAUUUCGGAUCCAGAACGAUAUAAUCCUAAAGACAUACUUAUAUUAUGGAGAACUUUAUUUGAACCAAAAUGUAAGAAAAUUACUCAUCCAUCAGAACUGUAUUACUCAAAUAUAUAGAGAUAAAAACAGUGAAUUUGUAUAUAGUUAC